AUGGAUACGCGGCACCACUUCCCCGCCGCGCGGCACCUCGCGUGCUUCGCGUCGUUCGCGUCGCCCACCCCCUCGCUCACCCCGCUCGUCGUCCCCGCCGACCCCGCCGCUCCCACCGCCGACGACCCCUUCCCGUGCGCCGCGAACGCAUCGCCUUACGCGUCGCCUGGCGCGGAGGGCUCUCUUAACGGAGACGGGCAUAGCGAGGAAGGCAGCGCUGAUGCGGAGAACGUGGGGGAUCGCGCAGGGCGGGUAGGAAGGGGCGCGCGCAUGUGCGAGGAGUACGUGGCGGCGUGCGCCGCCGUCAUGCGCCACCGCCACGCCCACGACCACCAUGCGCCCUCCGCAUCCGCCUCCGCCGCCUCUUCUGCCUCCGCCGUGUCCUCCGCCCCGCCUGUCUCGCCUGUCUCUCCCGCGCACCCGUGGAUCGAAUUGGCUGCUGAGACCAGCAGUGACGUCACCACGGACAUCAGCAGUGACGUCAGCGCGGAGAUACGCAGCGGCAUGAGCGUGAGCGCCACCCGGCGGCCCUUUGGCUCGCCCAUCACCAUGACCCCUGCCUCCUCCGCUGCCUCCUCCGCUGCUGCUGCUGCUGAAGAUUCUGCUGCUGCGGACCGUUAUGGUGGGAAAGCUAGCGAUGGUGCUGCGUGGUGGGGUGGCGGUGGUGGAGAGGAUUGCGGGGGUGAGGGGCGGGUGGUGCAGCAGUUCCAUGUGCGCACGGAGGGCCUCUCUUACACGGCCGUCAACGGGCGCACCAUUCUGAACCGAGACGACGCCCUCUUCGCGCUGCUCUCCGUGCGCGAGACGCUUGACUUUGCCGCCCGCCUGCGCCUGCCGUCCACCGUGACGCCGGCCGCGCGGCAGCAGCGAGUGCAGCAGCUGGUGCAGCAGCUGGGGCUCACCGCGUGUGCCGACACGCCCGUGGGGGACGACCUGGUGAGUGGGCCGACCAGGUGGGUGCCUUGGAUGGGGGGGGACCACUGGGUGGGUAAUUUCUGGGGCGCCUCAAAAGCAGCUGCUGCAGCAGUGCGCGGGGUGGGGACGAGAUGCGUGCCUUGUGAGGAGGGCGUCCUGCUGGGCUGGGUGUCUUGUGGGUGGGAGGGGCAAGCGUGUCUUGUGAGGAGGGUGUCUUGUGGGUGGGAGGGGCAAGCGUGUCUUGUGAGGAGGGUGUCUUGUGGGUGGGAGGGGCAAGCGUGUCUUCACCGGGGGGUGUCAGGGGGGGAGAGGAGGCGCACGUCCAUCGGGGUGGAGCUCAUUCACAACCAUGCCGUGCUGCUGCUCGACGAACCCACCUCAGGGCUGGACAGCGCGUCGGCGCUCAAGGUGGUGCAGCUGCUGCACAACAUGGCCGUUCAGGGCGGGCGAACAGUGGUGUUGACCAUCCACCAGCCGUCGUUCCGCAUCACGGCGCUGCUGCACCGCAUGGCGCUGCUCAUCAGCGGCACCGUUGCCUUCCACGGCGCCACGCCCGCUCUGCGCUGCCACCUCGCAGUGCUGCACCACCCCGUGCCCCCGCAUGUCGCCUUCCACUGUGCCACGCCCGCCCUGCCGCAGGUGAACCUCUUAGAGUUCGCUCUUGACACUCUGCCCCGCAUCGCUGCUGCUGCCACUCGUGCCAAGCAGUCAGAGGCCCACACGGACACUCCCCCUGCCGCGCCCUCCCUGGGAGCUGCCCUGAAGCACCAGCUAGGGAAGCUGCUGGGGAGGGGGAAGGGGUGGUCGGGGGGUGGGGGCAGAGGGGAGGGCAGCGGGGCCAGCGAGGUGGGAGGCGUGGAGAGGGGUGCAGGGGAGAGGGCGGUGGGCGAGUGGGAGUACGCAACGAGCGCCGUGAGUGAGACGGUGACAUUGACACACCGCUGCUGCCUUGUGCUGCUGCGCAGCCCCGACCUGCUGCUCUCGCGCCUCCUCGUCAUGGUGGCGAUGGGGGUGAUCAUGGGGUCGCUGUUCCUGCAUGUGGGCUUCGACAUGCCUGGCCUGCAGAGCCGCUUUGCCGUGCUCGGCUUCACCAUCGCGCUCGUCUUCUACAACUCCCUCGACGCCCUGCCGCUCUUCUACCUCGAGCGAACCAUCUUCACGCGGGAGACGUCACGAGGCGCGUACCGCACGGCGCCCUACGUGGUGGCCACCACGCUCACCACGCUGCCGCUCUGCGUGCUGCUGUCGCUCGCCCUCGCCACGCCGCUCUACUGGAUGGUGGGCCUCGCGCCCUCCGCCUCCGCCUUCCUUGUCUUCAUCGCCACGCUCUGCCUGGCCUUUGCGCUCGCCAACGCGUUUGUGACGCUGCUGUCGGCGCUGCUGCCGUCACACAUGGUGGCGGCCACCGUGGCCAGCAGCGCCUUCUCCUUCUUCCUCCUCUUCAGCGGCUUCUUCUUCUCCAAGGCAGCCAUCCCGGGCUACUGGCUGUGGCUGUACUACGUGAGCCUCAUGCGCUACCCCAUGGAGCUGCUGCUCUGGGCCGAGUUCCACCACGGCCUCGGCCCCACCUGCUUCUCCACCUUCUCCCCCGCCGCCGGCGUCGGCUACACCGCCUCCGGCACCAACGAGGCCUGUGGGCUCACGGGUGCAGCGUAUCUGGACGCGCGGGGGUUCACAGGCUUGAGCCCGUGGCGCAACCUGCUGGUGAUUCUGGCGUUCAUCGCUGCGCUGCGCCUGGCUUUCUACGCAGCUCUCCGCCGACACGCUGCCUCCACCAGGAAGUGA